AUGUGGAGCAACCUACCCUUUGAUGUUCUAUCAUCCAUCUUCUCUUUUCUCUCCCCAGAUUCCUUAGCAAGAGCAAGAUCAACAUGCAAGAAUUGGCACACAGGUAAAAUUUUCAUAACUCAACACAAACCUCAUGAAGCACCAUGGUUCUUAGCACUACCAAUUCGCAAUCACCAAAAAUCAUGUUGUUAUGCUCACAAUCCAAUCACAAAAAUUUGGUACGAAAUUUCAUUAGAUUUCAUUCCAUUGCAAUCAACAAUACUUAAACCAAUUUCUCCAAUUGGUAGCCUUAUCCUUUUAAAGGUCACAAAUUCAACAACACUUCAAUUGGUUCUUUGUAACCCUUUUACAAGACAAUUCAAGUACUUACCUAAGUUGAAUGUUUCGAGGACUAAUCCAGCUUGUGGAAUUGUUACAAUUUUUGAACCAAAUGAUGUUUGGAACUUUCCAAAUUUUAGAAUCUACGUGGCCGGUGGCAUGUCAGGGGCUAAACAUAGUGGCACGGCCUAUGAAUCAACCGUGGAAAUGUACGACUCUUGUGUUGACACGUGGAAAAUCGUUGGGUCGAUGCCGGUUGAAUUUUCGGUUAGGCUAACAGUUUGGACACCAAAUGAAAAUGUUUGUGUUAAAGAAACAAGAACAACAACGUUGUAUUGGAUAACAUCAGCAAGGGCUUAUAGUGUGAUGGGAUUUGAUGUUGGAAAUAAUUGUUGGAGGCAAUUUGGUGUGCCUCUAGCGGAUAAGCUUGAAUUUGCCACACUUGUGAGAUGGAAUGGAGGGUUGGGAUUGGUUGGUGGCACGUGUGGUGGGAGUGUUUGUGUUUGGGAAAUGAGUGAAGGGGAUAAGUGGUGUUUGGUUGAUGAGAUGCCAAUUGAAUUAGGAUUGAGAUUAUUGUGUGGGAAAAGAAAUUGGGAAGGUGUUAAGUGUGUGACUGAUGAUGAUGCUAUUUGUUUGUAUGGGGAACUUGGAUAUGGAAUGGUGAUUUGUAGAAAAGUUGGGGAAUGGGAUUGGGUUGAUGGGUGUGGUUACAUUAAAGGGAAAAAAGUGCUUAAUUGUCCAAUAAGAGGAAUACUUGUUCAUCCAACUCUUGCUUCAUCAUCUAUUUUUUUAAACUAG